AUGAGUUCUAAAACCGAUGAUUUGAAAAGUGGAGCUGAAGCUGCCAAAAAAACCGCUGAUACUAGUAGAGAAAAAGCUAGUAAACCUGCUGUUUCUCCAGGAAAAUUUGCAAUCGACCAUGAAAAAUUGAUUGAAACUGUUCAAACUGUUCAAUUUGCUUGGUUUAUUGGUCACUUGUUUACCUUAUUAGGGACUUUCUAUUUCAUCUUAACCUAUUUUGGAAUUUUCAGUUCAUGGUAUAAGAUUUGGUACAAUCUCGCUGUAUUUGGUAUUAUUGAAAGUUUCGGUAUCUUGAUCUAUCAACAUUUUAGAAAAGUUGGUACUAAGAAUUUAAUCAAUGACGAUAACGUUCAUUAUUAUGGUUUAGGUGUCAUGUUAUUGAUUUUAAGACCAUACAUUAUUUUCCCAAUUUUACCUUUCCAAUUAUAUUCGUUGUUCCAUGUAUUAUCCUACACCAAAGGUUACUUACUUCCUAUUUUCAAUCAACAAAACACUUCAAUUGAAAAAAUGAUUACCAAUUUUGUUAAUCUGAAUAAUCAAAAAUCAAUCCAAUUAGCAAGUUUAUUAGAAUUAGUCUGCUUGGGUUUCUUGGGUUUGAGAGUAAUCUUCUUUAGAAAGAGAUCUUUGACACCUUUCGUCAUCUACUUAAUCUUCAUCAAAUUAAGAUAUGAAAAAUCUCCAGUUACCAGAAGUUAUUUCAAAUUUAUUAGUACUAAACUCGAUUCUACCAUAACCGGCUUGAAUAAUCCAACUGCCACUAACAUCUGGUCUCAAGUCAAAUCAGUUUUUGCCAGAGUUGAUAAUUUUGUUUUAGUCAACGACUACAAGAAGAAUAAGGUCAACUAG